AUGAAGACCCAGCAGCCUCUUCAUGUUGCCACCCCAGUUAGGCAGAGUCUUGCCCUGACUAAAGUGGCAGGGACCUCUGUUUACCUCAAGCUGGAUUCAUCUCAGCCCACAGGAUCCUUUAAGAUAAGAGGCAUUGGCCAUCUCUGCAAAACGUGGGCAGAGCGAGGAUGUGAGCGUUUUGUCUGCUGUUCAGGAGGAAAUGCCGGCAUGGCAGCUGCUUAUUCUGCCCGUCAGCUUGGGGUUCCUGCAACUAUCGUGGUGCCAAGUGUCACCCCAAACCCCACAGUGGAGAGACUGAAGGACGAGGGUGCCACCGUGGUCAUUCAUGGAAAGGCUCUAAAUGAAAGCAUUGAAUAUGGACAACAGCUCGUGGCCAACAACCGCAACUGGAUAUUCAUCUCUCCCUUUGAUGAUCCUCUCAUCUGGGAAGGCCACACAUCUCUGGUGAAGGAGCUGGAGCAAGACAUGACGGAGAAGCCGGGAGCCAUCGUGCUGUCGGUGGGAGGCGGAGGGCUGCUGAACGGCGUGGUGGAAGGAUUGCGCCGUGCCGACUGGGCUGAUGUGCCCAUUGUAGCCAUGGAAACCCAGGGAGCACAUAGCCUCAAUGCAGCCAUGAAGGCCGGAGAGCUGGUCACUUUACCUGCAAUUACCAGUGUUGCCACCACACUGGGCCUGACGAGGGUCUCCGCACAGACUAUGAAGCUGGUGAAUGAGCAUACCGUUUUCUCAGAAGUAGUCACAGACCAGGAGGCUGUAAAAGCUGUGGAGAGCUUUGUAGAUGAUGAGAAGGUCCUGGUGGAGCCUGCCUGUGGUGCAGCUCUGGCAGCUGUAUACAGUGGCAUCAUCAAAAGGCUGCAGGAUGAGGGCAAGCUGGCAGGGAGCCUGGGCCCUGUGGUCAUUGUGGUGUGCGGAGGCAACAACAUCAGCAUGGAGCAGCUAUGCAGACUGAAGAAACAGCUUGGUAUUAUCUAGUGUGGCAGACUACCUCAGGCUUUCCCAGCCUUUCCUCUAUUCCUCCAUCAACUGGUCUCAAUCCCAAAAAACCUAUAAUUCAUGUGCUCCAUAGACCGAAUCAUUCCAGACUGUGAGACUCUCCUUAGCACAGAGACUGACAGACGUGAGACUGAUGCUGGAGGGAUGUUUUGUUAUUGUAAAAAUCUAAUGCUGC